GAAGGGAUCCAGUUUAUGUCAAACUAACGUCAGAUUUUAUGCUUCGUAGCAGGUAAGGAUAAUUAACAUCUCGAGUUAGGAGAAUAGUUUAAGGUUAGGAAAAGGGUUAGGUUUGACAUUAAUUUGACAAAAGCUAGAUCCCUUCUAGCCAUGACCGUGUAACGGUCGUAUCUCGCCGACCUGCGCAUGUCGUCAAAUCAAAGGCACUUUCAAUUUAAAGUUGUUUUUCAUAAAAAUGAAAACAUCUCAGUUUAUCCCUUUCACGAGGUUGGAGUAAUAACAUGUUCAACUACUUAAGACAUUGUAUCAAAUCUAAUUUGUGCCUUUAGAUUUCGAGAAAAUUAAUAACUAAGGAAGAUUUUUUCACUUCUCAUGGACUUCUGUUUGGCAUUGAGGGAUUCUGUAUAAUUGGAUCAUGGACUUCCUGUUCAAUCGAGUCAUACGGGAGUGAUGUCAGACUUUCCAGAUAAUGUGGCCACCGAGACCAGCUCCCCCCAGUCCCAACAGGGAGGGUCCAGCUUUCAGCUUGCCAGUAUUUCCAUGGACCUGGGCUUGAUCAAGAGCAUUCCUGGAAUCCUGAUGUUGGCUGAGAUAGGUCUUGGCCUGCUGCAAUGGGCUCUAAUUGCCAGUGCCUCCUCCCUUAUUCCUGCCUAUGGCUGGGUGAUGUUUGUAGCCGUUACACUGUGGCUGCUCACCAUUAUCCUCUUCUUCAUGCUCUUCUUUGGCGCCUAUCACAAACUCAGCUCUGUGCCCUGGCCAAUGUUGGUUAUGGUGUAUAAUGCUAUGGCAACCGUUUUGUACCUCACAGCAUUUCUGGUCAAUGCUGCAUCAGUCGCUCCUUACAUUUCAACAUACUUCUACGGCCAUAUGGCAGCUGCUGCGUUUUUUGGCAUUGUGGUGACUUUGUUAUAUGGAGCCAGCACCUUCUUUUCCUAUUUGGCAUGGAAGGGGGAUGGAGGUAAUGCAGCCAGCAACUCUGGUCCUGCAUAGAACUACUCUACUAUCUGUCCUGAUAAACCCUCUCCAUACAGAGAGACUUGGACAGUGUGAACCGAACAGUGUGACAAGUAGAGGAGAUUCCAAACCUGUUCAUUAAAGGAUGAGUGUUUUUAUAUACGGUAUACUUUUUUAAAAGAAGCUGGACAUCAAUAGUCUUUUUUAUGUCAAAAUGGUGACUGGAGUGAAGACUGGAAGCAUUUUGCAGACCCUUUCAAAGUUGGUUGCUAUGGUAACCCCACCACUGCACAUCCAUCAGUACACACACUCAUCAUGACUCACUCACAUACAUGCUCCCAUACAUAACAUAACCACUAUCAUCACAUACUGUAGGAAAGUGUAAUGAAUGAUACAUCUAUUUAUACUGUAAUAAAGGAGGUAGGUAGCCUAGCGGUUAAGCGUGUUGGGCCAGUAACCGAAAGGUCGCUGUUUUGAAUCCCUGAGCCAACUAGGCUGAUGUGCCCUUGAGCAAGGCACUUAACCCUAAUUGUUCCAAGGUUGCCUUCAAUAAAGGCUGAUCCUUGGCCAUGACCCCACUCUCUGUGGGUGUCUCGGGGGGGGGGGGAUAUGCAAAAAACACAUUUCUAAUUCACAUGUGUUUAAUACACACUUGUGUAUGUGUGAAAUAGGACAAAUGUAAGCACCCACCUAAUUAUUAUAAUACUUGUAGAUACACAGGGAUCCCAAUGUGCAACACACGUUCAGAAACGUAUAUUUAUAUAUUCUUUUUUUUUCUCACCAUUGUGAAGACCAAGAGAAUCAUGUGUACUGUUUAUCCAUAUCAGUUCACCUUUUCAAAUAAAGUAGAUUGUGAUUUUACAAAACUAUUUCAUGUC